AUGUGUCGGGAUAAGGACGAGGGCAUCCUGAUGGACAAUCGUGAGGAGAUCAAAAGGUGGAAGCAGCACUUCGAUGAACAACUGAACGGCGCACUUGAAGAAGACCAAGACGGUGAGGGAAGCUUCGAAUUUGAAACGGUGGAAGAAAACCUUUGCAAGGAUGUUGGAGGUCAAUGCUUGAUCCAGAAUUGGACCUCCGAUUUCCGGUGGCCUACGGAGUUUGAGAAUACUUACGAUUCAUUGAUUUUGAGUAAUCUAAGUGUCUCAAAUACUUCUAAGGAGAUGUUCGAUUAUUUAACGUUGAAUUUCAAAACGGUUUCGAUUGAAGGCUGUCACAUAGCUGAUAUUUAUUUGGCUUCGAACUUCAGUUCUUUAACUGUGGAUUGCAGUGGCUCAAUCCGGUUGAUAAUUUUGAACCGGGAAGACUACCUUUUAGAGACAUUAGUGAUAAAGGAAACAACUUUCACUGAAAAACCGUCCAAUUUGAGUCUCUUGAGCCAAUUGAAGGAUUUUCAAAUGCAUCAGGUUGGUGAAUUGGCAUUGGACGCUUCCGAACUCGACGGCCUGAAGCACCUCAAAUAUAUCGUUAUUACAGACACCAACGUCACCGUAAAACUUUCUUCAACGGUGUUUCUCAAAUCUUUACUGGUGAUGGAACUUAAAAAUUGCAGUCUAACAACGUUGGAUCUGAGCCUUUGGUAUCUUCCGGAACUUCAGAAAAUAAAUUUCAAAAAUAACCAACUGAAGGAACUUCCUCGCGGAUUGAACCGGUUCAAGGCACUAGGUAUAGCCGAUUUUUCCGACUGUAAGCUGGAAACUGUUGAAGCCGAAAGCUUCCAAGGGCUGGCGGAACUUCAGCUGCUGCAUCUACAGAACAACCGAAUCGUGAGCUUCGAGCUGCCCCUAAAUUUGACAUUUUUGAUUACGAUCAAUUUAAGGAAUAAUGAAUUACGAUUUGUUGAGCUGCCCGAAGAUCAGAAGUGGCAGCGAUUGGAUCUGGACGGCAAUCCCCUGAACUGUAGCUGGUUGACUGCGAAACAAGAGUCUCUUGAACGGAUUGUUCCGAGUUUCAUCGUCAAUCUGGAAGAUCGCCAACCUGGAAAAUGUUCAACCAAGCAGAUCGCCAACAUGGACGAUAAUCAAACUGUCAACCUGGAACCCAGGAAUAUCUUCAACCUGAAAGAUCUUACACAAGAAAUAAUCAACUUGGAAGAUCGUUCUUCUGGAAGAUCGUCAACUUUGAAGACUGCUAAAAUUUGGAAAAUUGUCAUCUAG